AUGCAUUUCUCCGCAGCAAGCGCACUGCUCUUGGCCACUGCGGUCUCAGCCGUCGCGCCGAUUAUAGAUUUGAUCCCCUCAAAUGCCUUUAAUAGCAAAACGUACCUGGAAAAGUACUUCGACUACGGCUAUCCCUGGGGUACCGGUGCCGCAUUUAUGGAUCCUAGCCACGUUACCAUCCCCACCCCCGGUGUCCUCCGCCUAACCGCCCAACCCGUCAGCGGCAAACGGCCAGUGUGCCAUAAUCCGAAGAUCAUCAUCAAUUACCUGUCGGGCGCGGUGCACUCCAAGCAAAAUUUCACCGUCACAGAAAGGCAGGGAUUUGCCGUUAACUUCAAAGUCAAGGCCCCCGUGGUGAGAGGCACAUGGCCAGCCGUUUGGCUCUUGAGCGCGGAGUCCUGGCCGCCCGAGGUGGAUAUUGCAGAGUUCAAGGGCUCGGGCAAGAUCAGCAUGAACACGUACAACACGAGCUCGCAGGUGACGGGCGUGGACUUGGCGUAUCCCGAUCCAGACGAGUGGCAUUCGGUGUCGUGUUCGCUGAUGCACAAGACGCCAGGGAAAGAUGUCGAGGUUAGGUUUUGGUUGAAUGACAAGGUGGUGUCGACGCAGUAUGCCAAGGACUAUGUUGGGAAACCUAUGCGGCUGAUUAUCAACCUUCAGAUGGAGGGGAGCAGUAAAAGUCCGGGACCGAAGACGGACACGACGUUCUCGAUCAAGGACUUCACCGUCUCGACCCUCUAG